AAAGGAAUUUCCUCUCGCCAACUAGCAAAAUUUCUUGGUAUUCCUAUUGCCUCCGCGUGGUUUAUGCUUCAUAGAAUACGCCGAAGUCUAGACACUCCUCUUUUUAAAACCAUGCUAAAAGGUUCUGUUGAAAUAGAUGAAACCUUUAUCGGCGGUAAAAACAAAUGGAGACAUUGGAAUAAGAAAGUUCCUAAUUCGCAAGGUCGGAGUUGGAUUGAUAAAACUCCAGUGAUGGGAAUGUUAGAAAGAGGCGGUAAUCUGAUUUGUCAAGUAGUUCCUAAUACUCAACAAAAAACUCUAGAACCAAUAGUUUUUGCUAAUAUUAAAGAAAAUUCUAAUGUCUACACCGAUGAAUGA